ACUGCGUGCACAGCACCGCGCUGAGCGCUUGGGAAGGACAAGUCGGCACCAUACGGAGACGGUCCCUAGCCAACGGCGGGUAGAGGGGAGCGGGCCCCCGCGCGUGCGCAGUGGGGAGCGGGGCGCGUUGGCGGCCGAUGGCGCUGAGAGGGGUGCGGGUGCUGGAGCUGACGGGGCUGGCCCCGGGGCCCUACUGCGGCCUCCUCCUGGCCGACUUCGGGGCCGAGGUGGUGCGGGUGGUGCGGCCCCCCGGCCGGCCCGGCGGGCCCGGGGGGCCCCCGCCCCUGGGCCGCGGGAAGCGGACCCUGUUGCUAGACCUGAAGGCUGGCGGCGGGGCGGCCGUGCUGCGGAGGCUGGCCCAAGCCGCAGACGUCCUGCUCGAGCCCUUCCGGCACGGUGUCAUGGAGAAGCUCGGUGUGGGUCCAGCGGUUAUGCUACAAGAGAAUCCAAAACUCAUCUAUGCCAGGCUGAGUGGAUUUGGGCAGUCAGGAACGCUCACCCAAACUGCAGGUCACGAUAUCAACUUUCUGGCUCUGUCAGGUGUGCUCUCAAAAAUGGGCAGAAAUGGUGAAAAUCCAUAUGCACCCCUGAAUCUGGUGGCCGACUUCGGAGGCGGCGGCCUCAUGUGUGCGAUGGGGAUCAUCAUGGCCCUCUAUGAACGUACAAAAUCUGGCAAAGGUCAGGUCAUCGAUGCCAGCAUGGUGGAAGGAGCAGCGUAUUUAAGUUCUUUUUUAUGGAUGACUCAGAGCACUGGGAUAUGGGACCAGCCUCGGGGAAAGAACAUCCUGGACAGCGGAGCCCCUUUCUACGAAACGUACAAGACUUCAGACGGGAAAUUUAUGGCUGUUGGUGCCAUAGAACCUCAGUUUUACCAGCUUUUAAUUAAGGGGCUCGGUCUAGAUCCUGAAAAGCUUCCCCAUCAGAUGAGUACGUCCAAUUGGCAAGAGAUGAAGAUACUUUUUGCGGGCGUUUUCUCCAAGAAGACCCAGGCAGAAUGGUGUAGAAUCUUUGAGGGGACGGAUGCCUGUGUGACUCCUGUCCUCAGCUUGGAGGAGGCGGUCCUUCAUGAGCAUAACAAAUCGCGGGGCUCUUUCAUCACGGCUGAGGAUGGGGAGGUCAGCCCCAGGCCCGCCCCUCUGCUUUCCAGGACUCCCGCCAGUCCCUCCCGGCGAAGAGCUCCCGUCGGAGGAGACCAUACCGAAGAGAUUCUGAAGGAAUUUGGAUUUAGCAAGGAUGAGAUUAAUCAUCUUCAUGAAGCUAAAAUCAUUGACAAGAAUGGGCCGAAAUCAAAUUUAUGAAUUUCUGCCAAUGGAAUUAUUCAGAUCUUAACAGAACGAUAGUGAGGAAGGAUAAUGGAGUGCUUGGAGGAAAAAAAGAACAUUUUCAUACAGAAUCCUUUCUCUUCUAAUUAUUUUUAAUUAAAAACUAGCUGCACUAAUUGAAGAAUCAGUAUAUUCUUGGGAACUACGGAAGGGUAAUGACAACUUUUUGCAGAAAAAAGAACAUUUUCCUAUAGAAGCUUUUUCUCUCUCGAUUGCACCAAGUGAUGAAUCAGUAUAUGGUUGUUUUAUUUCUAUAGAUCUGGUUUGAAGCCUUUGAUUUUGGAUUUUUGAGUUAAAAUUUAUGCCAUAAGCAAUUAUAUUAUAUGCCCUACACGUGUUUUAAUGUAUUGGUUAAUAAACCUUUAUCAUCUGUUCAGCAAUUAAUUGGAGUGUUAUAAGUAAAAAAUAAAGGGGUUUUUUUAUUUUAUAAAGUUA